AAGGGGAGGGGAGCGGGAAAGCGGGAUGGCUCUCCAUAACGGUACCCACUUGAGAGCUGUGGAGUCGAGUGGUGAACAGUGUGUGGGCAUCCUCCAGCACGGAAAGACAUACAGACACACCAUGGCAAGUCAGAGCAGCCAGGACAGCAAGAGGCAGGAUAUUUGCCAGUGGGCCUUGGGACAUGUGGCCCUGGUGACAGGUGCAGGGCAGCGAGUGGGCAAGGCCAUCGCUGCCAGCCUCCACAAGAGAGGUUACACGGUUGCCAUCCAUUACAAUGCAUCAAAGGAUGAAGCCAUUUCAUUCAUGGCAGAAUUAAACAGCAUCCGCAAGAACAGCGCCUACGCCUUCCAUGCAGACCUGUCAACCAAUGUGAAGGAGACAGCUCAUCACCUGGUGGCUGAGGUGGCAGAGAAGUGGGGAAGACUUGACCUCCUAGUGAACAGUGCUGCCAUCUACUAUGCAACACCCAUUGCCGAGACAAUGGAGGAGCAGUGGGAUAAGCUGCUGGAUCUAAAUGCAAAAGCUCCUUAUUUUAUGACCCAGGCAGCGGCUCCAUACCUGAAGGAGACUCACGGUUCUGUGGUCAAUGUGGCGGACAUCCUGGGUGAGCGUCCCAAGGCACCAUUAAAUGUGUACUGCAUCACCAAGGCCACCAUCAUCAUGAUCACCAAGAGCUUGGCCCUUGAGCUUGCACCUGAAGUUCGUGUCAACUAUGUCAAUCCAGGAGCAUCUAUCUUUCCUGAGGGCUACGAUGAGAAGCUCAAGCAGGAAUGGAUGUCAAAAACUCCCCUUGGGAAGGCAGGGAAUGGAGAGGAGGUGGGCGACAGUGUGGCAUUCUUGGCCUCACCCUCAGCUGGUUUCAUGACAGGAGCUGGUGUGUCUCCAUCUGGUGGUCGCUCUGUUGCUCUGUAACCAUUCCUACACUGCCUCCACACUCUGUAGCAGUCCAGGCUACAUAAAUGAUGUCUGUUGGUCUUCCAUCCAUUACUCCAAUGCAGUAAAAUGUUAUCAUAAAUUUGUUUUCCUCGAUUCUACAGUAGUAUAUCAUGAUUAACUGAAUGUAUUCAUGGCAAAAUAAAUUUAAGACAGUAAUACAAGACAAGAAAUGUAGUGCAUUAAAUGAUACUGUGGUUCAGAAUGUCAUGAUUCAAAAUCUUGUAAUAUGAAUAUUGCAAUUGGGAAUUGAUGAUCCUAUAUACUUGUACAAAACAUGUUAACACACAGCAUCUCCAUAAAGAACAGGGGAAUAAACAAAUUAUAUAGC